AUGUCUAAUGAUGAACGUUUUGACACCAUGCUGUUGGCUAUUGCCCAGCAGCACGAUGGAAUAGAUGCCAUUCUUGAUACCUUCUUUUCCUUUCUUGGGAGGAAAACAGACUUCUUCACACAUCCCGACAUGGCACGCUCGGCUGUGCAACGUGCACUGGACCGCCACUUAACUCAAGCGGAGGAGAAAUUACGAAAGAAGCAGGCGGAAGAAAAGAAACGCAAUACCACUUCUUCACGCGUGGAAGUCUUGGAAGAUGAUGAAGAAAAGGCAGCAGAGGCACAAGCCAAGGCGGCGGCAGAAGCGGCCAAACGUAAGGCGGAAAUGGAGAAGAAAGUAACGGAAUUGGCCAAUGCCAAAGAAGAUGAGGAUGGAAUGAAACCAAAAGGACUUCCCCCAACUGCGGGUAAUGGGUUUGAUUAUGAACAUUACAUGUUUUCGCAGACAUUACAGGAAGUGGAGGUGCGGGUGCCGCUCCCCAUUGUGAAUGCAAAGGGACGAGACCUAGAUAUUGUUAUUCAGCAGCGUCGUCUGCGUGUGGCAGUGAAGGGGAAACCACCUAUUGUUGAUGGGGAACUGUAUGCGGCUGUGAAGACGGAGGAUUCUAUGUGGACUAUUGAAGACGGACGUACCGUUGUUUUGACACUUACAAAGUUAAAUCAGAUGGAGUGGUGGAAAACCGUUAUUGUCGGUGAUGCAGAAAUUGAUCUGCAGAAGGUGGUUCCAGAGAACUCCAAGCUGGAUGACCUUGACAGUGAAACACGACAGACGGUUGAGAAGAUGAUGUACGAUCAACGCCAAAAGGCUAUGGGGCUUCCCACUUCAGAAGAGCAGAAAAAGAAGGAUAUGUUGGCUAAAUUUAUGGCUGCACAUCCGGAGAUGGAUUUCUCACAGGCAAAGAUUUGCUGA